AUGCUUCCCACACUGGUUCCCAUGCCUUUCGACCUUGAUUUCAUGGUGCGAGAGACAGCCGUCUUCAUCAACCUACACCAACUCGAACUGGUUCUCCUCCUGCUAGAUGAACAUGUCGACCCCAUCGACAUUCCCGAAUACGUCCGCGAGAGACUCUCCGGCGUUGAGCUCACAGUGAAAGACGUCGUGGAGAUCAGAAAUGGCAAUUUUCACAUCUCGGGAUCAAACUUCCACGUCAGGAUGCCAUCUGGGAAUUUUGUUCAUAUUGACAUUGUUGACGAUUACUUUUCGCUCCUUCCUACCAUCUCCUCAAUGAGCGAGCUGCAGCGCCAAUUUCAAGACGAAUACGGUGUCCUGAUUGAUGACCACGACAUGUUAGACAUCUUUUACGGUGCGUUCCAUGUUGUUGGUCCUAAAACAAUCGAUCUCACUACCAAAGAAAAACAUUUUGUGCCAAGAUCAGACCUCUCCGAAGCCAUAUGGAUGUUUGAAAGAGGCUUCUCUGCUGAUUUCAUCUCCAGAUAUGUCUGGUAUCGGUUUCAUUCUCGCCUCCCUGCUCAUGAAUUGGUCCGCCUUGCUCUAGCAAAUAACGAAGAAAUUGUCGAAGACGCAGCUUUGUUCGCAAUCUUGAAGUCCGCUCCUGCAAGAGUCCGUCCAUACCCGCCUUGCUUGAAACAGACAGCACGUCGAGCUCCGCCCCCAUUGCCAAUCAUGACGUUUCCUCAAGUUUUCGACGAUCCCGAUGUUGAAGCAGUGCGACGUAGUGGAGAGACCUUUACCGCAAAUCCAGCUGUGAUCUGCCAUUUUGAUGACGGAACAUACUCUCUGUACACCGAUUUCCAGGGCCACCUUGAGUCUGCUAGCAACACUCCCACCUCCACUUACUCUGACGAGACGGACAGUGGACCUGAGUCAGACUCGAUAUCAGAGGAAUCAAUCAAGUCCGAUGUCGCUUCCCGUGUUCUGGUUCACCUUCAAGACGGCGAUUAUUUGGUAGACCUUGAACAACCAGACCUUGACUGGAUCCAAGUCCCCCGUCUUGCGUCUCGAGACCAUUCUCCGGAAGAUGACCGUCUUUCCUGGUUCCAAAGUGCAACCGAGAUGUACCUGCAUAUUCCCGUCACUGAUGAUUGUGGUAUACAAUCACUAUCACAGAUGGAAUUGGACAUUGAUAGCAACUUCGACAACGACCUGGCCUUGGAAGAGUUGACCCUCGCUCAUCACCCAAAUCCCUUUCGUUCACACCCGAUCGAGGUACAGGCACAAGACCCAGACACGGAUUUUGCUGGUCUACCGAGCCUCGGUCACACCACUCUUGACAACCUAGAAACGGAAAGCGGUGGUGAUUUUGAGUCGCUCUUCUCCGACACUGAGGGUUCGAUACUGUUCGACCAAGAGCUCGAUGCCAUCUUCGCAGAUGCGGGAUUCGUCGACCUUGAGAGAGGUAAUCCUCAUUCCGACUCAAUUCUGGACCUCGACCUGGAAAGGGGACAACCACAAUCCGAGAUGCUCUUUGACGUCGCGGACCCAUCGUUGGAUGAUGAAGAUCCGUUCCUCCUCCAAGAACCUCCACGCAAGAAGAGAAAAAGCUCAUCGCUCUUCUCCUUGGGAUGCAGCAAUCAGGUGCAGUAG